AUGAUUUUCUACCUUUUUAUCUUACCCUUUGUAAGCUCUUUAAAUCAAGGUAGCCAAGUCCCAUUAGACAUAGAAAACUUUUCAGAUCCUAUCUGUGACAAGCACAGCGAAUGCAUUUCAUGCUCUUUUGAAGAAUUAAGGACUUUUGAUGUCUGUGCUUAUUCAGGAUACUAUCAAACUGUUUUUUGUACCAUGAGAAAUACGCUGGCGAAUUCUACACAAGAAAUUUCAUAUGUGUCUUCAUGUUUUCCUGCAAAGGCCUCAAUUUUAUCGAGUUUCUCAUGGUUUUUUAUUAUUUCAGCGAUAAGUGCAAUAUUUUUAGUGUAUAAUUGGAGGAUUUUGAGAAAUAAGAAAAUUGAAGCCCAACAAGCAAACUUAGAAAACAUAAUAAAAGCUUAA